AUGUUGGUCUCCUUGACAGUUGGCAAGGUAGAUGCGGGCGUCGCAGUGCUCCUCACCCAAGACAACAGACUUAUCGAAUUCCCAUCAGUCCUCCUUCCAAACAACAUUAGCUCAGGCAGCAUUGUUGACAUUACGGUUUCGCGUAACCACGGCGCCGAAGCAGCGAGCGCAUCAGCCUUCCAAUCCCUUCAGAAGCGAAUUCUAAAUACCUACGGAGUCAAGGCCCCCUCGCCACCAGUCCUGCGCCUACGAAAUGCAACACAGACCUCACUCGUUCUCGAGUGGGACCCAAUCGACCUGGCCACCGCAUCCCUGAAAUCGCUCUCCCUCUACCGCAAUGGCUCCAAGGCCGGAUCGAUCCCCCGCCCGCUCGAGACACGCAGCACAAAAAUAAGCGGUCUCGCCAUUCACUCCGAGUAUUCCUUCCACCUGGUCUUGCGCACCACCGCCGGAACCUACCAGUCGGAGAAGCUGACGUGUCGGACUCACAAGAUGACCGACCUGUCUGGUAUCACCGUCACAACGGGCAUCCUCGAUCCGCAGCAGAAGGACGCUCUUAGUGCGGCGCUGGACCGCAUCGGAGGCAAGAUGGUUGACUCAGUCCGCAUUGAUACCACUCAUUUCGUCUGUACGGAAGGCCGGGGCCCGCUGUGGGAGAAGGCUGUGGCGAUGAACAUUCCCGUCGUGGUGCCGGAGUGGGUGAAUGCGUGCGAGAACGAGGGGACCAUUGCUGGAGUGCGUGGCUAUUAUCUCAACGCAGAUCCGAAGGCCCGUAAUCUCGGUGUCAUUCACGGCUCGUCCCACCAACGUACGACUUCGACGGUUUCUACUGCCACUACUGCCAACCAGGGAAGACCUAGCAUGCAGCCCCAACGGAGCCCGGCGCAAGAGCAGGUGCCCGAGGAGCCCCCUGCGACUCCAUUCCCUGAGGGUGAGACGAGUAGCGAACCCCAGGCGAAGGCCCAGACGCAAGAGGUUGGGUCAGGAGACGAGGAUGAACUCCCGCCUCCUCCGCCUCCGCCUAAAGACGAAGCCGAAGAUGUAAACGGGGCGUCUCAGAAUGGCGAGGCGGAUGCACCACCUGUUUCAGAUGUGAAGGAGGAAAAGCCCGUUGUCAAGGUGGAUGAGCAUAGUAAUGCAGAGACAGAGGAAGAACAAACUCUUCCACACCACAGGCCCGAGCAUGAUCACUCAGUAAGCCCCAAGAGUAAAGGCAAAGAGGGCGAGGGUGACUUCAACGAAGUGCCCCUUUGA